UGGGAGGUGGAGGCCUCAUGCUGUGGGCUCAGAGGAAGAAAAGGAAGACAACCUUAGAAGACAGGUCUCCAGAAUCCUGCCGAGUAAAUGACAGCUGGAUCAAAUCUCACUUUAGCCGCCUUUCGGAAGAGAGGUUGCCCACCCACUGCUAUGGCAGCAACUAUGGCCCCUCACAUGAAAACAGGCAUGGGGAGGCCAACACCACCAUCCACAUGGAGACCCUCACCUCCACACAUGGAGAAGGGGGCAAGGCUCUGCGCCGAGAUGCCUUUAACAGCAAACAGAAGGUAUCUGGGACCUCGGUGACCAAAGAGACCCAGAGGGAAUCAGGAAAGUCCCCAUCAAUGGAGGAUGCUGCAUGGGCUGCUGUGACUGCUUGCGCCAAGGAGAUCGAUGCCAAGGGGCAUUACCUGGCGAAUUCCAUGCUGCAACGCGCCGGGACUUACCAGCAUGUCGGCCAUGUGGAAUCCAGGGACAUCAGCCCAGAAGAGCUGAAGGCUCUGGAGGAGGUGGAGAUAAAGCUGAAAGGGAAUUUCCUCACUCAUCGGGAAACCACCAUAGCUGGUUCCAACCAAACACACAGUGUCCAUAGCCAGAAUCGCCAUGGUCACCAAAACCAGCGUAGCCAUUCAAUCUACCAAAGCAACCAAAGUCAUCCUGUUUACUCCAGCCACCAGGGUCAUCAUCCAGGUCACUUGAGCCACCAGGGUCAUCCAGGUCCCUCAAGCCACCAGAGUCAUCUGGGCCACCCAAACCACCAGGGUCAUCCAGGUCACUCCAGCCACCAGAGCCACCAGGGUCACUCCAGCCACCAGAGCCACCAGGGUCAUCCAGGUCACUCCAGCCACCAGAGCCACCAGGGUCACCCAGGUCACUCCAGCCACCAGAGCCAUAGUCUGCCCAACCGCAGCCACCAAAUCUAUGACUCUUGA